AUGAUACAGCCGACCACCCAAUCUUUCGAGACGCGAGGGCCAGAAGUGCGAAGUGCUGACAUCGUUCUGAGAGAUGCUUUGGACAAACUCCGCAACACAGUUCCUCGAAAACUCAAGGAGCUUCGGGAUAGUGUGGAAGCAGACUUGAAACAAUUGGACAAUUUACCUGCAUCUGGAGCUGGUGUCGAUGCCACGGAUUUUUUCCUGUCCUUCAAGCUAGCCUGUGAAGCUGUCGGUCUACCGAAGGUCGUGGUCAUUGCUCUUGAGGCGAUCCAGAAGCAGAUAACUUAUGGUUUCCUCACUGGCAAAGGCUCAGACCCAUUCAAACCAGAGUCGGGAAGGCAUUUGAUCGAUGCUGUAAUAGACUCUGUGUGCAACUGUGCCGAGUCUGCAGAUGACACGGUUCAAAUGCACAUGAUCAGCACCCUCAAUGCAGCAGUGACAUCGCAGGUGUGUGAGGUCCAUGGUCAAAGCCUCAUGCUUGCCGUGGAUACCUGCAUGAAACUCUACAGAGACUCCAGAAGCCAGUCCAACCAGAGAAUGGCUCAAACAGCACUGACGCAGAUGCUGUCUGUCAUUACUCAGCGGAUGGAGUUGAGUUCAGCUGACAUGUCCAGCCGAGCUGAUGAAGCUUGGAAUGCUGGCUCUCGGCAGCAUGGUGUUGGUGCCGCUACAUCCGAGCAAUUAGCAGCAGUGGUUGCAGCUGCGCCUCCUGCAUUUGCAAAUGCAAAUGCAGAUUUGGCACAGAUGCCAAAAGGGCAGCUGCUAAACGAGUGGAUGUCAUCAUAUCUCAACGCCAAGAUCGACAAACUUGUUUGGAGCGGGAAUGGCGAAAAUGGCGUGAAGGGUGAGGCUGCGCCUGGAAAGUUUGGAUGGUGUGUGGUCUGUCGAGCACCUGCCAAUCAUUACUGUGUUGACACUCGUGACUCGGUUUGCGGGCAUGCGUGCAAGUAUCGAAAUCUGGAGCGUUUGUCUCUGGUGGAAAAGUACUACGGCAAGCGAGAUGAGGUGGCCAUGAGCUCUCCAUCAGUUGCCUCAACUCCAGCCAUAGUUUCGCAAUCCUCCAGGGAUGCCGUCUCACAGAGAGAUGAGGCCUUGGCAGACGUUGCAGAUCAGUCCCUGAACAUUUAUCAUCAGGAUGCUAUCGUCAUUCUCACCUAUCUAAUCAACAGCAGUGCGAAGGAAGUGCCGCAGAACCAGCCUGAUUCAAGAGGGAUCAGGAACAAAAGGAUUGCGCUAGAGCUCGUUCUUGGCGUGCUCUCCAAUUCUGGUCCUGUCUUUAGGUCUUCUAGACACUUUGUUGACAUGCUCAAGAAGCUGGUGGGAGACUCCUUGAUCAAGAACAGUGUUUCGCCGAUACCCAAGAUCUUUGGUCUUUCUUUGCAGAUCUUUGUCUCGCUGAUCACGAACUUCAAGGAACAUUUGAGAGACGAGAUAGGCGUAUUCAUCGAACAGAUUUUUCUCAGAAUCCUGGAGAGCGGCAACUCUGACUUCCUGCACAAAAGCCGAGUCCUUCAGAUUUUCUACAAGCUCUGCACAGAUCCGACCACACCGCUGGAAUUGUUUCUGAACUACGACUGCGACGUCGAUGAGAAAAACAUUUUUGAGCGAACGAUCGACUGUUUGUCGAAGAUAGCUCAAGGAAAGUACACAGCGGUGGAGCAUGCAAAUUUGAUCCAGCCUCAACAGGAGCAGGAGCUCAAGAAGGAAGCUUUGCGAUCCUUAGUCACAUUGAUGGGGUCCAUCGUUGAUUGGGCUCGAAGAAUGACGGAGGACCAGAAGCCAGUGCCUAUUCUUGGCCACAACACCGAGGAGACCACUCCUGUGGGAGAAAGCGAUGCCGAGGAUGACGCAAGUGAAGCUGCAGUAUCUACAAGUGGCGGAACGCUACCAGUGGCGCCCUUGAGCAGUUUCAAGGAGCAAAAACAAAGAAAGGUGGAACUUCAGAUUGGCAUCAACAAGUUCAACAUGAAGCCAAAACGCGGCAUUGAGUAUUUGAAGCAGAAUGGGUUCUUGAACGAUGAUCCAGCUUCAUUAGCAACCCUCUUUCAGAAUACUGAACUCGGCCUCGACAAAACGGCCAUUGGCGACUACUUGGGCGAGGACAAACCCUUCAACAAGAACGCACUACAUGCCUUGGUUGGUGGAUUGGACUUCAAGGGCCAGUCCCUGGAUGGCUCCUUGCGACAUUUCCUGUCCUUCUUUCGCCUGCCUGGCGAGGCUCAGAAAAUCGACCGCAUGAUGGAGAAGUUUGCCGAGAAGUACUGCAACGACAAUCCUGACCGUUUUGCCAACGCGGACUGCGCAUUCGUGCUCUCCUUCUCUCUCAUCAUGCUUCAGACCGAUCUUCACAAUCCAGGCAUCAAGAACAAGAUGACAAAGGACGAAUUCGUGCGAAACAAUCGAGGAAUCAACGACAAUCAGGACCUACCCAGAGAGUACCUGGAAAGUCUCUAUGAUGGUGUCUUUCACAAUCCAAUUUCACUCCAAGAAGACCAGGAGGCUAGAAAUAGACAGGAAUCCCAAGCCGCACGAGAUCUAAACCAAAAGUACGAGUUGUUCGUGAAGGAGACUGAAACGAUGGUUCAGAAGACCAAGGCUGCAAUGCAGAGCAGACGGAGAAACUCAACUUAUGUGGUAGCACAAAGUGUAGAGCAUGUGAGACCGCUCUUCGAGGUGGCCUGCUGGCCAUACCUGGCCACUUUGGCGGUACUCCUGGAGAUGCAGGACUCUCCGCAAAGCAUCGAGCUUUGCAUUGAAGGUUUCAAGCAUUGCAUUCGGAUUGCAGCCCGCUUCGACAUGGACACCGAGCGAGAUGCCUUUGUCUCGUCAUUAGCAAAGUUCACCUAUUUGACGACCAUCAAGGAAAUGAAACAGAAGAACAUUGAGUGCAUCAAGGCCUUGCUGUCCAUUGGCCUUUCUGAGGGCAACAACCUUGGACCAUCCUGGUUGUAUGCGUCGCGCUCAGGGCAUCUAUGUAUUGAUACCUACAGAAUAGAAUAG